AUGUCGUCUUUCAAGAUCACAUUGUUGAUUUGCCUCUGCCUGGUCUCAACCUUGACUGCGAAUCCAAUUCACAGGAUUAGAGAACUCGACUCUGUUCCUGCGAAAGGUUUUCAAGCCCUACACGGGUCGAGGUCCCUAUUUACAACGUCCAACACCAACAGGAAACUUUGCAGUUCGUCAGACAGAUCUUGCAAGCUACAUCGCAGAACUCGAGACUUCUACAUAUGGAGAGCCCGCCCGCUCGAGCUCAUCCUUCCUAUUCAUUACGCAGUCCCAGUGCUCCAGGAAUUCUGCAAUGCAACACUAACACAAGUCAACGAGCAGUGGUCGUUACAAGCCCCGUUACCUAGCUUCUGGAUCAAACAAGGCAACUUGGAGCUCUUUUUCCGCUCGGUGGGCGGACCGAUACCAUGGUCUCUCGUAGCAAGAUUUGCCACAAAGAUGCUUUGCGCGACGCAGCUGGGAUGGCUUGGCACGUAUGAGAUUAUAUACCAGAAUGGCGCGGCGAACCAGGCUGUCGGGGUGACCCUGCGGAUUGCCAACAAUCAGCUCCCAUCGCCGCAACACCAUCUGACCAAAUCAAGGACAGUAGAGGCUGCUGAAAAAACGGAUUUGAAGAAGCGUAACCAAAUUCAUCUAAUCUCCUUCAAGGUCCAUGACUCUAUAGUGCCAGUCUCCAUCGCGGCACCCUGUGUAAAAGCCUUCUUCGACGCCAUCGCCGCUGAAGCUUCUAACGCUUGGACGUCCCGACCAGAAACAGCACUGUUAACCGUGACUCAAGGAUCCUUCCAGCUGACCGUGUCGUGCCUGGGAGCCCGAAUCCCAUGGCCUAUGCUCGUGUCCGCUGCGCAGAAAUUCUCUUCCUAUGCGGAUCACCGCUGGGCCAACACCUUUGACGCUUUCUACGAAGAAGCCGAGUUCGGCAUCACGGUCGCCCCGAGCCUGCGCCUCUUGCAACGGUCGACCGGGCCCCGCUUGACCGCCAACGCCCUACCCCCGAGAGGGAACCUCCAGCGUCCCAGCCCGCCGGCCCGCUCGACCGCGCCCCUCCGGCCCCGCGCCCCCACCACCACCACCAGGCCCCCGUCCCCGGCGAUCAGAGUCACCAGCUUCAUCCGGACCGCCGCCCUCGUCCCCACCGCCCUCGCCGCCGCCCAGCUCGAAGACUUCUACACCAUCCUCGCCACCAAGAUCGAAACGGGCCAGCUGGCCCACCGCCGCCCGGCCCGCACCGUCGUCUGCUCCCUCUGGGACUUCGAGCUCGUCUUCUCCUGCGACCGCAUCGACGUGCCCUGGAGCUUCGUCCAGGCCUUCGCCAUCGACAUGGCCGAGUGGUCGUCCAGGGGGUUCACCGGCCUCUACGAGGCCACGGUGAGGGGGGAGGGCCCGCUGAGUGGGCUGGUCUUUGUGGUGCAGAUGAGGCUGAAGGGGAAGGGUCGACGGUCGCCGUUUCUCGUGUGA